GGGAGCGGCCGCAGGGGGCGGGCAGCAGCGGCGGGGUGGCGCCGCCUUCCCGCCCGCCCGGCGCUGCGGGGCCGAGGCUGAGGAGCCGGAGCGGCGGCGCUGCCCGUGCGGGCGGGCGGGAGGAGCCGCAGACGGGCGCCCCGCGCUGCUAUGAGCUCGUCCCAGGUAGGUACCCGCCGCCCCGGCUCCGGCAGUCCCUCGGUGUCCUCCACCGCCACCAGCAGCAGCAGCCGCCGCUCCGGAGCUCCCACACCAGCAGUGAGAAUCUGUGGACAGUGGACCGAAUUCAGCUCAGGAGAGCUAUUUGUCAUGUCCUAUUCUAUGAUGUCCCCUCUCAAGGAUUCUUUGGACAAAAACGGGAAGUAGGCUGCAGUAGGGCUAAACAGUACCAGUAGCCCACUUUCUCUUGGCCGUUUCAUUUUUGUUCCUAAAAAAUCAUUGUAGGUUUGGUGGCUUGGAAGUAUGGAAUCAAUCUCUAUGAUGGGAAGUCCUAAGAACCUUAAUGAAACUUUUCUACCAAAUGUUGCCAAUGGCAUCAAGGAUGCCAGUAAGAUCACAAUAGGCAUCAUUGGAAGUGGAGACUUUGCAAAGUCACUGACCAUUAGGCUUAUCAGAUGUGGGUACCACGUGGUUGUAGGAAGCAGAAACCCUAAGCUUGCUGCAGAGUUCUUUCCCCAUGUGGUUGAUGUCACUCACCAUGAAGAUGCAGUAGCCAAAGCAAACAUCAUUUUUGUAGCCAUUCACAGAGAACAUUACGCCUCUUUGUGGGACCUCAAGCAUCUACUCAUCGGUAAAAUUCUGGUUGAUGUCAGCAACAAUACAAGAGUAGACCAAUAUCCAGACUCCAAUGCAGAGUACUUGGCAUCACUUUUCCCAGAUUCCCUGGUUGUCAAAGGAUUCAAUGUUGUUUCAGCUUGGUCUCUACAGUUAGGACCAAAGGAUGCCAGCAGACAGGUCUAUAUAUGCAGUAACCAUGUUCAGGCUCGCCAUCAAGUUACUGAGCUUGCCCGUCAGCUCGGUUUCAUUCCUAUUGAUCUGGGGGCAUUGUCAUCUUCAAGGGAGAUUGAAAACUUACCUCUGCGACUGUUCACACUGUGGAAGGGGCCUGUGGUGUUGGCCAUUAGCCUGGCAACGUUUUUCUUCAUCUAUUCCUUCAUCAGAGAUGUAAUCCAUCCAUAUGUCAGAAAUCAACAGAGUGACUUUUACAAGAUCCCCAUUGAGAUUGUGAACAAGACUCUACCAAUUGUUGCCAUCACUUUGCUCUCCCUAGUGUAUUUGUCAGGACUUAUUGCAGCUGCUUAUCAGCUUUACUACGGUACCAAGUAUAGGCGAUUUCCCCCUUGGCUGGACAACUGGCUGCAGUGCCGAAAGCAGCUUGGGCUACUCAGUUUUUUCUUUGCCACCGUGCAUGUGGCAUACAGCCUCUGCUUACCCAUGAGGAGAUCAGAGCGAUAUUUGUUCCUCAAUAUGGCAUAUCAACAGGUUCAUGCAAAUGUUGAAAAUUCUUGGAAUGAGGAAGAAGUGUGGCGAAUUGAAAUGUAUAUCUCCUUUGGAAUAAUGAGUCUCGGAUUGCUUUCUUUGCUGGCAGUAACUUCCAUCCCUUCAGUAAACAGUGCCUUAAACUGGAGGGAGUUCAGUUUUAUUCAGUCUACACUCGGAUAUGUUGCUCUGAUCAUAAGUACUUUCCACGUACUGAUUUAUGGAUGGAAGAGAGCUUUUGAAGAAGAGUAUUACAGAUUUUAUACACCACCAAAUUUUGUUCUUGCCCUUGUUCUGCCCUCCAUUGUAAUUCUAGGCUUAUGCCAACACAAGAAGAAGGAGGAAAAGGAUACAUACAAGGUGAAACUGCCUAACAUAAACAGCAACAUAAACCAUUCUGAAUUCAGAAAAGUCAAGAUGCACAAGGCAGUGAAGCCAGUAGAAUUCACAUUUAUUUCAUAUUAAUUUACAUAGCUUUCCCAGAUUCCUGGACAAAGACACUCCCUAGGAGCAAUGGAAUUUAGAUAUGUUUAAAAU